AUGUCGACUCCGGUUCAGGCUCACGGGAACGCCGCCGAGAAGGUGAUCACGACGGAGCUUAUUCAAAAAUACCUCGAUGAGAACCAGACGCUCAUCCUGGCCAUCCUGGAGAACCAGAACGUGGGCAAGCUGGAGGCGUGCAACCAGUACCAGGCGAGGCUGCAGCAGAACCUGAUGUACCUGGCGGCGAUCGCGGACGCGCAGCCGCCCCCAAAGCCGGGGGCGAACGCGGCACAGGGCGGAGCGGGGGCGGCCCAAUGA